AUGUCAUAUACAUCAAGAUAUUCAUCAGCUAGACCAUAGACUGUCAAAAGUUAAGUAGAAACUAAACCAACAACUACUCCAACUGUUUAAGUUACCAAGCCGGCAGACUAAUCACCUUAACCAGUUCAAAGAUCAGAUGUGAGAAGAUCAAGUCAACUCAGAGCAAGCGGAUAGCCUACAGUAAUUAAUGUGUAUAUGUGAUUCAUAAUACCUUUAGACCUCCUCCAACUACCGAAAGAAAGUGGUUAGGUAAGAAUCCAGAAGUUGUGUGCUUUUUAUUGGCAUUGGAGAAUGAUAGAAUGAUGAGAGAGAAUAAUGCAUAAUUCAAUAGAAUUAAAGAAUUAGAGGGUGUCAAUGAAUAAUAAGAAAUAAGAAUUAGAGAACUCUAAGCUAAGUUAGAUUCAUAAACUACUGAAAUAUCUAAUUACAAGUUAAACUAUUUAUAUAGAUUAGAUCUGAAAUCGAAAAGCAUAUUAUAAGAAUUAAGUAAUUAGAAUCAGAAUUGAAUGAAUACAAAUCAAAAUUGGGAAAUGUAGAUCAAAGUCUGGCUGGUCGAUUGAAAGAAGCAGAAAGGAAAUUAUAAGACAGUGAUAAAGAAUUGACUAAUUGGAAAAAUAAAUAUAAUACAGAUAAAACAAAUUGGGAUAAUGAAAUUAGAAGAUUGAAUGAUUUACUCUCUUAAAAAUAAAAAGAAUUUGAUGAUUAUAAAAAUAAUUAGGGUAAAAAUUAUGAACAAUUAUAAUAACAAUUGAGAUAAUAUGAAACUAAAAUAAGAGAGUAUGAAAGUUAAAUUAGCACCUAUAAGAGUGACAUUGAUCGUUUGAAUAAAUUGUUAUUGGAGAGAAACUCAGAAAUUGAUAGAUUGAAGAAUGAAUUGAAAACCAGAUUAUAAGAAUUAGAUGACUGGAGAAGUAAAUUCACAAAUCUGUAAAAUCAGUUUAAUACAAUGAAAUCAUAAUAUGAAUCUAAAAUUAAUGAUUUAACUAAUACACUCUAGAAUAGAGAUAGAGAUUUAAAUGAUUGGAAAAAUAAAUAUGCUAAGUUAGAAGGCUAAUUUAACAAUCUUGGAAGUCUUCAAUCAGGAAGUGAAUCUAAAAUAACUGAUUUAUAAAAUAGACUUUCAUAAUUGCAAUCUGAUUUUGAUAAAUAGGCUACUCAAUUAAGAGAUAGAGAUGCUUAGAUUUAGGCAUUAAAAGAAAAACUCUAGAGAUUAGAAUAAGACAACUUUAACUUAAAUAAUCAAUUAUAAGAUUUAUAAUCCAGAUAUAAUAAUUUGUUGAAGGAAAACGAGAAAUUGUAAAAUGAGUUAAGAAACAGAAAGAAUGAAUUGGAUUUCAUGAAAUAAUAAUUGCAACAGGCCAAUGAUCAACUCAAGAGAUAUGAAGAUUAAAUAAAUUAACUAAAUGAAUAAAUUAUGGAAUGUAAGGAUUAGAUUAUGGCACUCUAAAAUUCAAAGGAAAUGUUGGAGAGAUAACUCUAAGAUUUAUAUGCUAAAUCAAAUGAUAAUGUAGGGGAACUUAAAAGUGCAAACGAUUAAUUGGAAGGAAAGGAUAAGGAUAUAGCUGAUCUUAGGGACUAAUUAAACCAAUUUUAAGUUGAUAGAUAAAUUAUGGAAUCAAUGAUCAGCUCUUUGAAUAAUCAAUUAGCCAAUAAAAAUGAUGAAAUACAAAGAUUAUUAGCUUAGAAUAAAUUGAGAUUACAAUAAUUAUUAGAAUUACAAAGUAGAUAUGCAUAAUUAGAUUAUCUUCUUAGUGAUCUCAAGGGAGUUGAACUACAAAAUAAAUAGCUAAUCGCUAGGAUCAACGAAUUAACAUAAUUGGUUGAUGAUCUAAAAAGAAAACUUGCUCAAUAAGAAUUAUAAUUAUUAUAAUCUAAAUCAAAUGAAUUUAAGAUCUAAGAAUUAGAAAACAUCAUUAAAGAAUUGGCUAAAGAAAUUUAAAGAUUAAAUGAAUUCUUAAAUUAAAAACUAACUGAAAAUGAUAAAUUAAAUAUGUAGAUAAUUUCAAUGGAGAAUGAGAUUAAUAAACUUAAAAAUUUAGAACCAUUAUUAAGGGAAUUGGAAAAGAAAUUAUAAACUCAUUUGGAUGAUAUCGCUAGAUUAAAGUAGUUGUUGGAUUCAAGAACAAAUGAAUUGAAUGAAUGGCGGUUGAAAUACUCAAAACUUGAACCAGUGGUUGAUGAGAAAAGAUAAUUAGAAGAGAAGAAUAGAUUAUUUGAAAAUAGAAUUUAAGGAUUACAAUAGGAUAUUGAAAGAUUAACUAAACAAUUGAGACAGAAACAGUUAGAUAUCGAUUAAUUAAAUUGGAUAUUGAAUUAGACUGAAGGAUUGUUAAGAAAUAGGGAUGAUAGCAUAAAUUCGCUUGAAACUAGAUUGAAUAAUCUCUAAAGAUCUUAUGAUAAUGAGAGAUAGAAAACUCUAAACUUUGAGUAGAUUUAAAGUUAAUUACAAUAAGCAUUAGAUAAAAUCAAUCAAUUAGAAACUUAAAUUAAAGGAUUGCAAAAUGAUCUAAAUAGAGCCAAGAAGGAAGUCACUUAUUAAUAAAAUGAAAACGAUUAGAUGAGACAAUAGAUUGCUAAAGAAGAAAUUACAAUUUUAGAUUUGAAAUAAAACGAAGCCAGAUUCAAGGAAGUUGAAAAUAGGUUAAAUCAAAGUCAAAAAGAAGUUGAAAAAUUAACAAGAUAAUUAAAUGAUAAGUUAUAAGCUUAUGAGGAAUUGAAACAAAAUAAUGGUUUAUUGGAUACAAAAUACAAAAAUCUAUAAUAAUAAUAUUAAGAAUUAUUAUAGAGAUUAAAUUAAUUGGAACAAAUUAAUAAUUAAUAUUAGAUCUUAAAGGCAAAGAAUUUGGAAUUAGAAAAUAACAAUAAACAAUAUAAGAUUGAUUAAGAUAGAUUAAACUCUACUUUGAAUCAGAAACUUUAAGAAUUGAAUGAAUUAUAAAAUCUACUUCCCUAAUUAGAGGACAAGAUCCAUCAAUUGACUCCAUUUGAAGAGAAAGUAUAAAUCAUUUUAAUAUUGUAGUAUGCAAUCGUGUAGCCCAAAUAUGAAUAGGAGUUGAAUAGAUCAGAUGAAUUACAAAAGAAAAUCAGAGAUCAAGAAUAACAUUUACAAGAGUUAGAGAAAGUGAAGAAAAUGUAAGAGUGUAUAAUAAUAAUAUAGAGUACAAGACUAAACAGUCAUGUUGACAGUACUCUUUGGAGAAUGUGAAGGAUUACGACAAUAGUGUAUGGACAAGGAUGGCGAGAUCCAGGACCUAAGAUUUAAUGUAGCUCAAUUAUCUGAUUAGUGAUAUCAAAU